CAGUUUUGCAUUUUAUUAAAAUAUAUCGUUAUGUGUGUUAGAUGUCUUUUAAUCGCUUUGAUCGUGUAGGAAUGGCAGUAGGUGCUUUUCUGUUUGGAACUAUAUCAGAUGCCAUCAGUCGUAAAAAAUCGAUUCCAAUUGCUAUGGGCACUAUAUUUUGCGCCUCAACUAUCCUCGCCUUCGUGCAAAAUAAUUUCUUGAUAAAUAUAUCGGUAUUUAUGUUAGGAUUAGGGUAAGUUCCUAUUCUUUUAUAAUGAAAGUCACCAAUAUAAUUUUGUAAGUCUUUUGAUGAUGACUGAGAUUAAAGUGAUAAAAAGUCAUGGAUAAUACGUUCGUAGGUUUAAAAAUAUUUUUAUUGUUCUAUUUAUUUUUUUUUAUUAUAUUAGCAUAUGUUUCAUGUACGUAAUUCUUUAUUUAUCCCUUCUUAUCAAACGUGCAUAUCUUGUAUUGUGCACAGAAGUGAAAGAUAUUGUGACAUGUAAUUUGUAAUUACAUAAAAAACUGUUGCGUUGUGACGUCAAUGAUAUUCAUAGAGCAGCCGGAAGUAAUGUCGUCGUGAGAGUUUAUCUUAUCGAGUGCCUACCGAUGAAAAAAAGAGGAACUUGCUUAGCAGUAAUCGACAUGUUCUGGAUAGUCGGCUAUUUAUCAGCCUUAGGAGUUUCUUGGUCCAUGAUGCCGUCCAUCAUACAAAUGCUGAACAGGCAAUUCCGGCCGAGUUCCUGGCGAAUACUCGUCGCUCUCUGUAGCAUGCCAAGCCUGGUGAUCGCCUGUGCUUCUGGUCUGCUACCGCCAAGUCCUCGAUACUCGCUGUACCGUCGACGACCGAGACAGGCGCUUGCGGUGCUCCAACAGAUGUAUGCCAUCAAUAAUUCGAAGCAUACCGAUACCUACCCGGUCAAGAAUCUAGAAGACUGCGUGCGUCCAGACGAGGAGACUGAAGAUAACAAAAUUCAAAGAUACUUCACGAAAACCUGGGAACAGGUCUACAGAAUAUACAAACAUCCGUACAAGCGUGUGACACUGUACGGGACAUUAGCGUGUCUUCUGCAAUUUCCCGGAUUUGCUUGGCUCGCUCUGUGGAACACGCACGUUCUUCAGGAAAUGAAAGCGGAGCACGUUGUAAGCGGCAACGGCACGUGUAACGUCAAUAUUCAGAACGUGGUAUUGGAUUUUUUACGAAACUGCGACGAGACGAACGAGGCUCGUUUCGGAUUGCUGUUGCUGGUGUCGCUGGGCUACGUGCUGGGAGAGACGUUGCUCAUCAUCGGAAUCGACAACGUUGGCAGAAGGCCGUAUCUAAUAUCUUCGGCGCUCGUGGGUGGCGUGGCCUCGCUCGUGCUUAUUUUUCGGUUGCACCACGCGAUUCGUGUAACUCUGUCGUCGAUUUUCCUGGCCGCUUACGCUAUCGGGCACACGACGACGUGCGUUUUGCUGCUGGAGAAUUAUCCCACCGCUCUGAGAGGCACGGUGAUGGGUUUAACGAGGAUACUUCCUCACUUGACGCUUUUCGCGUUGCAGCUCUUCCUAAGAACGACCUGCCUAAUAAGUAUAAUCGUCGCGUCGACUAGCUUGAUGGGUGCGGCGAUUAUUAUGCUGUUGGUGCCUGAUUUAACUGGAUUGCCGAUGAAGGAGUAAUUCAUACUUCCGGAUAUAUUCAAAGGACGAUUUACUUUCCGUCAGUAGAGCCACGACCGUAUUUUUCUCGAGUAAAAUUUUACUUUAUGCAAAUUUCCCUUUCUUUCCGUUUGUUAAAUCUCAAAUUGUUCUCUGAAAUUUCGUCAGACAUGUCAGUUUAACAUUUAGGCCUUGCACAAGGAGAUUUUAUUCUACAUUUUCGUAAUGGGCCAUCCACAGUUUUUAGCAAUGCGGGAUUCUCUAUCUUUUUAGCAAUCGCGAGAUUCUCUAUCUCGCGCGGCGAAAGUAGCACGGGGCGAGCUUUAUGAUCGGUAGCGUUAUUCCGCGGCGCUUAUAAAUAAGAACCGUACGGGCGCGUCUUCCCGCCGCCGCCUUCCCGUCUAUUUUCGACGGGAACAGGAAGAACGCUCGCACGCAAGCAGUCGCGCAUGCCCGCCUCCCGACGCGAGACUCCCGUCUCGGCGUCGCGACGCCUUUGCAACUCGCGCGUAUAUUCUAUACACGCGCAUACACACGUACGCGCAUCCGCCGUAAAUACGAACGGCGAAUGCUCGUCACCGAAAAUAAUUCGGCGCGCUAUCGUCGAAGUCUCGAAACGCGCGACGUCCGACGAGCUUCUCGGCGAAGAGGCGACCUCGCGAGGUCGCGCGAGCCGAAUUCCUGGCGAUCGAGGGUGCGUCGAAGAGAAAUGUGAUUUCGUACUCGACGAUCGAGUACAAAAGUGAAGAAGAAGAGAAUUGUCGUGUAACCGAUUAAUCGAAGCGCUUCCUUCAAGAGAAUUUCUGAUGUACCAUGGUGAUGUACGUGGGUGGUGAAAAGUAGUAUACCUCCAGUUUACGUCGACUGCAUUUCAAACGGAAGAUCCUGCGACGGAGAAUGAAUUUUUUUAAAUAAAAGAAUUUUUUAAAGUAAAAGGAGAAAUUUAUUGGGGAUCAUUGGAGAUUAAAGAAGAAGAAGAAUUGUUCGAUGCAACGUUCGUUCUCUUUGGAUUCCGUUCGGAGGCGAGUUGGAAGAAAUUCGGGUGGAUCUUAACAAAGGAGUCGUGUUUCGUGUAAAACAAAGAUGCUAUCUGCCCUACAUAAGUAAACGCAUACGCAGGCGAUUUAGCAUUAUUUCGCAGCAAAUCUUCUUAUACGCCAACGAGAUUUAGAAAAUUCUUUCUAAAUAUUUUAAAUCGAAACACCACGUUUAAUUGGAAAAAGAAAUCGAUGAAGAGAAUUGAUGAAGCAAUCAUAUGAAGACUAUGAAAAGCGUAAGUCGUACUGGAGAAUUUCAGUGGAAAUUAUAAAUAAAGAAGAGAAUUGAUGUUUCUUCUUUGCACUUUUCGUACUUUUCUGAUUCUUACGGCAAGAAGAAACGCCAUUAGUGUAGUCGAACCCAUUACCGCGCCUUCGCUUCCCAUAAUAUUUAUACGAUCGGAUAUUUACGGGAGGAAUCAACACUUCGCUUCUACCAUCAAUUUAUAGAUCGCAUUUCCGUCUACCAACGCGUACAGAAACAAAUCUGACAAAGAACGUAUAAUAUGGCGCAAACAUUUAGAUAAAAGUAUUCGGAAAACUCUUUGUGUAAACUGGAGUCAACGAAAUAUACCAGUGGCCAUAAAGGAAUACGUAAGAUUCUUUUAAUGAAAGAAGUUUGAUAUACAAUGACGAAAUAAAAAAACAGACACUGUAUAAACACUUAACGGAACAGAAACAUUUCGAUAUCAGAGUGCUUUUUCUAAUUUGCUGAAAUAUAAACGAAAAA